ACUCGCCACUGCCCGGCUGCUGCUGGCCCAGAUAUGCGAAUAGGUGUUCCCUGCACAUACGACAUACGUAGCCGGAAUGUCCUCAUGCGAAGAACCGCGAAAAGGUCGCGAAUCUUCCUGGUUGACAUAGCCUGUCGAUCCACGAUGCAUUUCGUUGAAUCUAUUUUGGUCCGCCCCCCUCAUCUGUUUUUGCUAGUUAGUACCAGCACCGCUUGUAGAGCAGUUCUGGCGCCAUAUCAGCGGUGCCAGAGCAUCUGUGCCGUAUGUAGCUGGCCCAGCUUACAUAAGUCGAACGGAGCGCGUCUGACACGCGUCAUGUCCUGCAGCUCGCGGUGAGCUGUUGGGUUGUUCUGCGAGCUGUGGUGUCAAUCAGUCGCUCCAAAGCGAUUCUCUCCCCACUUUCCACCAAGGACGUAUGCUGUCAGUUCCGUCAUGGGCAGGUCUAGGUGCAGCAAUGAAUGCUAGCCAGGACCUGCAUGUAUGCCCAAGAGAAAUCACGAGAUGCGCCUUGCUAUGAGAAAGAAGCCUCUAUUCAUGAGGUGCCGUAGCUGGGAGAUACAUGCGCUUGUAGCUAUCGACAACAAAGAGCUCUCCCU